AUGACAAGCCCACGUGAUCCCGAUCCUCCACAGCCAAUACCACCGAGCCAAAGCACAGAAGACAUUUUUCGGACGAUCAUGAAGGUCAGAAAAAGUUGGAAAACUCUGAAGGGUAAAUCUGAGCCUGUAUGGCCACCUGGUCUCGAAGCCAUGAUGCUGAAAGGUCACGUGACUCCGAGCCCAGGCCUUCAAGAAUAUGGAUCCGCUCACUACUCUCGGGACUCGGAAGCACAUGUAUUGAGUCGGUUCCCUCAACGCAAUCAGUUCAUCUCAGAUUACAUUUACCGCAAGACGGGAAAACACAGAUCAUCAAAACAAAUAGGCAGUCGUCUACAACAGUUUAAGGACACAGUCGAGGGUCGGGAACUGAUCGAUUCCCUUACCCUGCAAUAUUAUGGUGCGCGGAGUGAAGUCGACUUGUCCCGGAGGUUUUCUCCUGAUAACCAGGAUGAAUCCAACCCUUCUCCCUCCUCUAUAUAUUCCAACCUUUCGACGUCAACCAGCGUCGACUCAUCCACCUGCUCAUCCACAGACUCGUCUAUAUCUUCUGGACAAUACAUGUCAUCGUCUCAACGAAACCACCUUCCUCAGGACAUGCGUACCCCAGUAUACAUUGACAUUUUGCCAGAGUCUAGCUCAUUCUCAUCGAGUUCCCAUGCAUCAUUUUCCUCUCCAUAUAACUUGCCCCCUCAAGGUGUCGCUUCACACACCUCCUCAGAUACACCACGUCCCAUAAGGGACAUUGAUUCCACUGUUACCUUCGUCUCCCCCUCAGCCGUCAUUGGCAAGUCAUCCUACAUAGUAUUAUUGGAUGGCGCGCCCAUCCACAGCGAGGACACGAAACUCGAAUGCGUCGGACCAUAUUUUACCGGUUCUUCCGGGGAUGGUCCAUUGCUGUACAGCACACCUCUAGUUCCCAAGUACUGGGAGACCCUGUGCAAAUCUCCAGAUCCUACCAUAUACACCAUAAUUCAGGAUGUGUACCGUAUUCUGGACCCAGGAACUCCCGCAAGAUCCUCAGGUCGCCCACGCCCAGUCCCUAUCUUCUCUGCUACAUACCACUUCCGAUAUCCCGUCUCUGUACAGACACCCACAUCUUCCAUGUCACCACAUGUCGCAUAUCAAACCAAUUCACAACUCCUCGCAGACACUACUCAUGCUUCAAUGCAUCCCAUGCAUCCACUCUCUUCUCAAAAUUACCUUGUGUCCCCAAAUUUCUCGGAACAAGGGAUCUUUCAGUCGCACGAAUAUAGCAUGCAAAACAGGCUGGACGAACCAUUCAUAUUGGAUGGUAGCCUUGAUAACUUCUGCCUAGAUGAUUUCGUUACCAAUAUUCCUAACUCGCCUGAUACGACACACAAUGAGACGAUGGCACAGUCUUCGACCAGCUUCCCGAACGACAUCCGCAAUUAUAUUUUGUAG